AUGGGAAAUUGUGAAAGUGUUUUUAUUUUGAAAUAUAAGGUACUUUCAGACCUGAAACUUGCUGAGGAAGAGCUAAAUCGCGACGAUGAUGCGUCCGAAGAUGAUGAGGAUGAAGGGAAAAAUGUUGUUAUACGAUUUGUUCCCUCUGAUCUUAAGUGUUUAGAGCUUUCUUCUUUAUUUGCAAUGAGGGUAUUUUUUACAGUGCAACAAGUAUACACCGAGAUGUGCAAUUGUCAAGAGCUGAACCCUGACGAAAAUGACGACUUUUCAGACGAAGACGCUGAUGGAGAAAUGAUAGUAGGUGAAAGUGGUGAUUCCAUGAUUAAUGAAGAUGGAUGGUACACAGCUGAGAAUAUUGGAGAUGGUGAGCAUGUGGAACUCAGUGAAGAAGGACGAGCAAAUUUAAAUCGUAUUUUAAAUCGCUCUCGUAAUGGCUGCGGAGAUCACGAGGAUACCGAUGAAAAUGGAAUGGAUGAGCAGUAA